AUGGUAGGUACUUUACCUCCAGAAAUUGGAAAUCUAAAGGCUGCAACACUAAUAGAUCUAUCAAUGAAUCGAUUCUCAGAUGGAAUUCCUAGAGAAAUUGGAGGAUUACAAACUCUGGUGCACCUUUCUUUGAGACACAACAAGUUUCAAGGAUCUACACCUGACUCAAUGAGCAACAUGGUAGGUUUGGAAUUCCUAGACCUUUCUGAUAAUUAUAUAUCGGGAACUAUUCCCAUGUCUUUGGGGAAACUCCAGAAGCUGAAGUAUUUCAAUGUUUCUGUCAACAAGUUGUACGGUGAAAUACCCUCGGGGGGUCCUUUCAAGAAACUCUCGAGUGAGUUUUUCAUCGACAAUGAAGCAUUGUGUGGUUCUUCAAGAUUUAAUGUCCCGCCAUGCCCCACUUCAUCAAAGCACAGAUCAAAUAGGAAAAAGUUGCUACUUUCAUUUCUUUUGCUGGGAAUCACAUUGUUAUUUGGUCCUGCCACCGUUGUGUUUGUAUGGAUAAGGUAUCGAAGAGGUAAUAGAGCCCCUGAACAAGAAGAUUCAUUUUCUGCCAUAACACGAGAAAGAAUUUCAUACUAUGAACUGCUCCAAGCAACUGAUGCACUUAGCGAGACUAAUCUGAUUGGUUCUGGAAGUUUUGGCUCUAUCUACAAAGGCAUUCUCAGAAGUGGAACUGCUAUUGGUGUUAAAGUGUUCAAUUUUGCAACUGGAUACAGCAUUCAGGAGUUUUGA